UCAAAAAUUCUAAUUCAAUUUAUUAAUGAAAUAGAACUAAUAUAUGGCUAAUUUGUUCUAAAUAAUAAAGCUAGAUUUUUCAUGAAAAUUUUUUAUUUUUUGUUCCUUUUAAAUCUGUGCUAAUCCGUGUUUUGUUAUUCCAUUCUUCUAUUCAUCAUCAUUUAUAUUGUGAAAACAAACUUCUGACAAAAGAUACUAAAAAUGGCCAAUGAAAAUUUGUAUUCACCAUUGGUCGGAUCAAUUUAUUUAUUUAAUCUAUUAUUGGGUACCGGUGUAUUGACAAUGCCUGCCGUAUUUGAAAAUGCUGGCUAUAUAUCCGGAAUCAUCUGUCUAACAUUAUUAUGUUUGAUCUCAUAUGUACAAACAACAUUCCUAAUUGAAUCGAUGGCCAAUGCAAAUUUUGUUAAAAGAAUGCAACAAUCAAAUGAACAUGAAACUACCGAAACUUCAUCUUUAUUGUCCUGUGAUGAUAAUUAUGACAAAAAUAUCGAUAAUAGCAUGGAUGUUUAUUAUGGAAAAACGAAUGAUAAUGAUGAAUAUGAUAAUCUUGGCUUUACUAUUCGCCCAAUUGUUCAUACAAAUUCAUCGACUAAUUUAUUAUCUUUUUCAAAUUCAGAAUCCGAUGAAAGACAAUUAUGUCCAACCGUUUCAUCCAAUUCGAUUAAUACAACUAUCAUUGAUGGUAAUAUUGAUUGUGUUAAUAGUAUUGGCAGUGGUGUUGUAGCCAUGUCCAUCGAUGGUUUUAGCAAGAAAAAUAAUUUACGUUGGAGUAAUGUUUUCAGAAAAAUGAGAGGAAAUCACAAUUCAAAUAAUGAUAACCGUGAAAUGAUAACGAAGAAUAUUGAAAAUUGUUUACGAUCAAUCGAUCAUAUUGAUCAACGAUUUCAAAUUAAUGAAAAAUUUGAAUUGGGAAAUAUGACCGAAUUAUUUUUGAACAGAUAUUUAUCGAAAUUUUUUUUCGUAUCAAUCAUUGUAUAUUUAUUUGGUGAUUUAUUGAUCUACAAUUCAAUGAUGUCUAAAUCACUACGUGACAUUAGCUGCACAUCUCAAGCUUAUUGUAAUGCUACGGAUAAAAAUGAUCCAGAACAUCUUGAUGCUGUUUGUUGGGAUUCGGUUGGAAUUUCACGCCAUAAUGCUUAUCGUAUAUUUUUGCUUGGAUUCAUUGCCAUUUUAGGCCCAUUAACUUAUGCAAAAUUACAGAAAACUAAAAUCAUUCAAAUUGGAACCAUUAUACUUCGUUGGAUGGCAUUUUUAAGUAUGAUUGGUAUUACAAUCAAAAUAUUUGUAAAAAACGAAGCUAAAGGAAAACCAAGAGCAAUGGAUAUUCUUAAUGUUCCUAAAUUAUUUGGAAUAUGUGUCUAUUCAUUCAUGUGUCAUCAUUCGGUACCAUCAAUUAUUACGCCCAUUCGAAAUAAAAAAAGAGUUUUUACGGCCAUCUCCAUUGAUUAUAUAUUGGUGCUUUCAUUCUAUGUUAUUAUUGCAUUGACUGCCAUUUUUGCAUUUGGCGAUAUCCAACAAGUUUAUACCUUAAAUUUUCAAGUAGACAAAUGUUCCAAUAUGAAUAAUAAUACAAAUCCUGCCAGUAUUAGUGGUUUUGAUAUUUUCUUACCAACAUUUCCAAUCUUUACGUUAUUUUCAAGUUAUACAAUUCUGGCUUUAACAUUGAUAAACAAUAUGAAAGUUUUGGUCGGUUUCACUGAUGAUAUGCGUUAUGGACAUAUAAUUAAGUAUUCAAUGCCAUUGAUUGCAAUUAUACCGCCAUUAGUGAUUGCCUUGUUUACCGAAGAUAUAUCAUCUAUUGUUCAAUAUGUUGGUUCCUAUUCCGGUACAUUAAUUCAAUAUGUGUUUCCUACAUUAUUAGCAUAUUAUUCACGGCGAUAUGUGAAACAAGAAUGUCUCAUACCAUAUAUAAAAAAACGUUCAAGAUUGGAAUGGCUAGAUUUACGAAUGAUUAAUAUUGAUCAAAUUUAUCGCCGAAUCAAUCCAUUUGUAUCGUUUUUUCAAAGUCAAUUUUGGAUUUAUUUAUCCAUCAUUUGGUUGAUUAUUUGCAUCUUUCUUGUUACCCUGGACCAUUUACGUGAUGUUUUGCAUCUUUAUUAAUUAUUAUUUUUAUUAUU